CUCCUACUCUCACUCGUUUCUCCUUUCGACGCACGUCUCUCGGCUCUCGGAGCGUCUCUCUCGCCGCCUCCCCUCUUCGUUCCUACUUUUCCUCCUCGCAGCCCGUACCGGUAGAUUCGGCGUCCAUGGGUAACUGCUUCUCCGGCGACGGCCAGGGCGGCCGCCCGGUCGGUGGCGCCGCCGCCGCCGUAGCCGGUGGCGCUGGGUUGAAGAGCGGCGCCGACGGUGCUGUCGACCUCUUCCUCAAAUCUCGCUGCCUACGUAGCCCCUAUACCCAGAUCGAGCUAUCCUUGUCUGCUACAGACUUGUGUGAUCAGGAUGUGCUUUCAAAGAGUGAUUCUUUGGCUAUUGUUUAUGCCAAACAAAGAGAUGGAAAACUUGAAGAGCUUGGUCGCACUGAAGUGAUACUAAAUUCAGCAAAUCCAGUGUGGACACAAAACAUUAUCAUCAAUUACCAAUUUGAGGUUCUGCAACAUCUGGUGUUCCAAGUGUAUGAUGUUGAGUCAGCCUUCCACAAUGUACCUGCAAAGAUGCUUAAGUUGGAGGAGCAACAACUGUUUGGUGAAGCAAGCAGUCUUCUGUCUGAGGUGGUCACUACACCCACCAGAUCAUUAACACUAAAUCUUGACCGGAAAGAAAACAAUGAAACUCAUCUGAAAAAGUUAGGCAAGCUCAAUGUUUGUGUCAAUGAGAGUCUUGGUUCAAAAACUAUCAUGGAGAUAGUGUUCCGUUGUUUGGAGUUGGAAAACAAGGACCUUUUCUCAAAAAGUGACCCUUUCUUAUUGAUGUCUAGAAAAGAGGAGAGUGGAGUACUUGUUCCAAUCUCCAAGACUGAAGUGAAAAAGAAUGACCGCAAUCCUAUUUGGAGACCAGUGAUUGUAAAUCUUCAACAGAUUGUGAGCAAAGAAAAUCCUCUUGCCAUAGAGUGUUUCAACUUCAAUAGCAAUGGCAAACAUGAAUUGAUUGGCAAAGUCAUAAAAUCGUUGGCUGAAUUGGAAAAGCUUCAUCAUAGUCAGCAUGGUGAAGAUCUAUUUUUACCUACUCUUGUUGGUAACGAUUAUGAGGAUAAGGUAUUGAAAAGUCAGAUAUUUGUGGAACGAUUUUCUCAAAGCAAAAGUAAGACUUUCUUGGAUUAUAUCUCAGAUGGCUGCGAAAUGAACUUCAUGGUUGCUAUUGAUUUUACAGCAUCAAAUGGAAAUCCUCGCCUACCCGAUUCCUUGCACUACAUUGACCCCUCAGGUCGGCCAAAUGCAUAUCAGAGAGCAAUUCUAGAAGUUGGGGAGGUCCUGCAGUUUUAUGUUGCACAUAGGCGCUUUCCUGCCUGGGGUUUUGGUGCAAGGCCGAUAGAUGGUCCUGUUUCUCAUUGUUUUAACCUUAAUGGAAGCACUUAUCAGCCUGAGGUAGAAGGUAUCCAAGGUAUAAUGUCAGCUUAUAUAAGUGCUCUUCACAAUGUAUCAUUGGCAGGCCCUACGCUCUUUGGGCAUGUAAUCAGUGCUGCUGCACUAAUAGCUGGCCAGUCACUGAGUAACAGUAGACAGAAGUACUUCAUUUUGCUGAUAGUCACGGAUGGGGUGAUUACUGAUUUGCAGGAAACAAAAGAUGCUCUGGUGAAGGCAUCUGAUCUACCUUUGUCAAUUCUCAUUGUUGGAGUUGGUGGGGCUGACUUCAAGGAAAUGGAGAUCUUAGAUGCAGAGAAAGGGGAGCGAAUAGAGAGCCCAACUGGACGAGUUGCAUCACGAGAUAUAGUGCAAUUUGUUGCUAUGCGGGAUGCGCAAAGUGGUGAGGUAUCAGUAAUUCAGUCACUUCUUGCAGAGUUACCUAGACAGUUUAUGAGUUACAUGCAGUCUAGAGAUGUUGACCAACUGAACUGAUUCUUUUUCUUUUAUGCAUAUAUUCCUGUAUUACGUUCUCUCAUUAUGUUUGUUUUCUCAGUUUCUGGAUACAUUCAGGAUUUUUUGUUUAUUCUUCCUCUCCUUCCCUUUAGGAACAAAAAUUAUUUCGUCUCUAGAGCUGAAGGUUGCACAGAACAGAUUCUGUUCCAAUUGUAUCAUACUUUGAUGAGUUGAGGUGAAAUUGUGGUGUUCCUUGAAGUAACUCAAA